AUGAAGUCUGCCCUUGUCCUCGUUGCCGCUGUGGCAUCUGUCUCCGCCCACUCGACAUGGCAGCAACUGUGGGUUGGCACAAACGAUCAGGCUGGCAAGUGCGUUCGUACCGUGAAGGACAACAGCCCAGUUGAGAGCUUGACAUCUGCCGACAUGUUCUGUGGUCGCGGGCCAGCUACGUCGACUGGCGUCUGCGAGGUUGCUGCCGGCUCACCCCUUACCGUUGAAUUGCACGCUCAGCCUGGCGACCGCUCUUGUUCUAACCCCGCCAUCGGCGGUGCUCACUACGGACCCGUCCUGGUCUACAUGGCCAAGGUCGCCGAUGCCACCACCGCCACCACCGGUUCCUUCUUCAAGGUCGCCGAGGAUGGCUACAAUGGCACCACUCCCACAUGGGGCACUGAGAUCCUCAACGCCAAUUGCGGAAAACGCGCUUUCACUGUCCCCAAGAGCAUUGCUGCUGGCAACUACCUCGUCCGCGCUGAAGUUCUCGCGCUUCACGCUGGCGCAGGCAACCCCCAGCCGUACGUCAGCUGCUUCCAGGUUAAGGUCACUGGAGGAGGAAGCGAGAACCCUACUGGUGUCUCUUUCCCUGGCGCGUACAAGCUCACUGACCCUCUCUUUUCCAAGGCUAUCUACGAUUCUACGUUCCAGUACGUCAGCCCCGGGCCCGCUGUCUACUCUGGUUAGGUGCAUCGAUGAUCGACUUGUUAUUCUGCGCACGAUCGAUUUUCUGGCUUAUUGUACAUAUGAUAGCUUACGAACUGUAAAUAAAGAGCUUGUGCUCAAAUUUGGUUUUUCGCAUGCGCCUGGAUGGCUGCAACUGAGUGUCUUGAAACUUCAUCAGAGAACACCUUCUUUUCCAGGACAAUGCGCUCUCCUUGAAUGUAAUAUCGU